GUCGAAUUUUGAUUCUGACAAUUUGCUCAAUGGUUCAAUUACUACCAAUAAUAACAAUUAUAUUAAUUUUAAUCAAAAUAAUUAUAAUUACACUAAUAAUUAUACCACCAUUUCUAAUAAUACCAGUUAUAAUACCAUGAUUGGUAACAAUAUCAUCAAUAUUAAUAAUACUGCAAGUAAUGACAACUUCAAAUUAAACUUGCUUUUCAAAUCUCUAAAUUGUUUAACUUUAAUGUCAAUUUUUUGCUUUGCAUCUCUCAAAGACUUGAUUAAAGCUGAAAUAUUGCCCUUCUUAAAAACAUAUCUACCAAAUGAAUUAUUAUCAAACCAUUCUUCAAAAAUUUCUUUAAAUAUACUAAAUUCUUAUGUCAUUUUAAUGCUAUUUAAUUGUAAUGAUCAAUCACAAACACAAAAUCAAGUUAGUAACUAUCUUGACAUUGUUAAUGAAAUAACUUUUUUAAUUUCCUUGAAAGAUCUGCUAAUAAUCUCUUUGAACAUUCAAGACAAUUUAAUGUUAAAAUCUUUAAUUGCCAAAAACUUGGUAUCAGUGAUUAAUUCUAUCUCUGCUUUGCUAACUUUAAUCAAAGAUUUUGGUGACUUGAACAAUUUAAUUUAUAUGAAUUUCACUGAUUUCUUGAUUGAUAUUGAAUCAAUUUCUCCUUCAAAUGAUAACGUAAUUAUUAAUAAUUUAAACAAUGAAAUUAUUAAAUCUUUUGCCCAAUUAAUUGCCUUAUCCUAUGAACUUUGGCAUUAUGAUGAAAACCAAGAUUUCGAUGAUACCCAGGGUCCUUAUCCUAAUGAUUUAUCAAUGCUAUUAACAAGAUUAGUUGAUGAUUUUAAAAUCUUUUUCCCUUCAAUAAAUCAAAACUACGUUGUCAAAUCGGAAAAUGAUUUGAUCAUUGAAGAAGUUUUAUUUUCAAUAAAAUGUUUUGCAACAAAUAGUAUAAGAAGAACCAUUGAGAAAAAAGGUGCAAUUUUUGAAAAAUUUUCUUUAUUGUCCAACGAUCGUCUAGUUAAAAAUACUUUGUCUGUUUUUGAAAAUUUAUCUCAAAUUAUUAAAAUCAAAUCAUGGCACAACUAUAUUAGAUUAUAUUACUUGAAAUGUUUGUUGGGAAGUUUUGAAAGCAGAAAUAAUUCAUUAAAUUUUAAUCUCUUUAACAAUAACAACUUCAAAAGUUUCCUAAGUAAUUCAAUCAUUAAUAAUAGCAUAGUCACCAAAGAAAAUUUUCGAACCAAUAAUAAUGUUAACAAUUUUAACAACUUUAACAUUAAUUAUGAUAAUAGUAACGAUGACCAUGACAGCAAUUCAAUUCUGACUAUUAAUCUUGUCUCCUCAAUUGAACAACCAAAUAGAGACUUGCAAAUCUGUAUCGCUUCAAUAUUCAUAAGGAAGCUCAACAUUACCAAAUUCGAUAAAAAAACAGGAAAACUUCUUCGAAGAAUUUAUAUUCCGGGACUUGGUUGGUUUUGUAGAAAGAAAUUAGAACAAAAUCGCCAAAUUUAAACAAUUCUUUUUUAAUAUUUUCAAUUUUUUCAUUUUCAUUUUCAUUUUCAUUUUACGAAAUUUUUUUUUU